AUGCUCUGUGUUGAUGAACAGAUUGUGCCCUUCAAAGGCACAUCUUUACUAAAACAGUACAACCCGAUGAAACCCCACAAGUGGGGAUACAAACUGUUUGUACUUUGUGACAGCAAGGGUCUGAUUCACAAUUUUGAGAUCUACACUGGUCGCAUACUACCUGCUACUUCCCUACCUGACAUUGGAGCUAGUUCAAAUGUUGUUUUACGACUGGUUGAACACUUGCCUCGUAAUGAAAACAAAUUCUUAAUCUAUUUUGAUAACUGGUACUCAUCACCAGCUCUCUUAGUGACUCUAGCAAAUAUUGGUUUCCAAUCCCUCGGGACCAUUCGACUAGGACGAUUUCCAGGCUUGUUGUUUUCAUCUGACCAAGAAAUGAAAAAGAAAGGCCGUGGGUCUUAUGAGGAAAAAGAGGCAACAAUUGAUGGGGUAAAAAUUAGGGCUGUAAAAUGGUUAGACAAUCGAGGGGUGUCUCUUGCGUCAACUUUUGAGUCUGCUUGCCCUAUCAACACUGUGCAACGCUUUGACUCUAAAGGUCGUGAGCAGAUUGAUGUCACUUGCCCUAAAAUCGUUUACAACAUACAAUAA